AUGAGGCGACGAAGCGUAGGCGCUGUGCUUCUUGUGACACUGGUGGUGGUGGCGCUGCUCUUCGAGAAUGGAAAAGCAAAUCGGGAAGGUGAAGCUUUAGCAGCUUUCAAAGAAGCGCUCGUCGACCCAAACGGUGUGCUGGAUAGUUGGGAUCCAUCUCUGGUGAAUCCGUGUACAUGGUUUCGAGUGACUUGCAACAGCGACGAUUUCGUGAUGCGAAUAGACUUGGAGAAUGCAUCGUUGCGAGGGAGACUAGUACCUCACCUUGCGAGCCUCCGUCAUUUGCAAUAUCUGGAACUUAACAAUAAUCUCUUAAGCGGUUCUAUCCCACGGGAACUUGGGGAGCUUAAGGAACUGAUCAGCCUGGACUUGUACGACAACUAUCUCACUGGAACCAUUCCUGACACUUUGUCUGAGCUCAACUCUCUCAGAUUCUUAAGAUUAAAUAGCAAUUUGCUUUCGGGAUCUAUUCCGGAAUCACUCACCUGUUUGUCCAAUCUCAAAGUAAUAGACUUCUCGGAUAACAAUCUCAGCGGACGGGUUCCCAGUGAUGGUUCAUUCGCCCGCAUGAGCUCCAAGAGCUUUCAAAGAAACUCUGGUCUUUGCGGUCCCAGUGUUGGGAGAGAAUGCUGAUUUCUAUAAUUCUCACACAGGUAUAUAUAGCAGUAUACAUGUUAAGAUU